AUGCUCACCUCGACCCUCCUCGCUCUGGCCGGCGCCGCGCUCGCGAUCGCUGCGCCCGACGCCGGCUACGGCGGCGGCGGCACGGACGUCGUCAAGGACUCGGACUUCAGGAAGAACGAGAAGGCGCUCAAAGCAUCGAUGAAGGAGCUUUGCUACCGCAACCUCUACGCCGACGUCGCCAAGCACAAGCAACGCUACAACAAGGAAGUGCUCGUCCAGGAUGACAAGGGCAAGGACGUGUUCCUGUUCGACGGCAUCAAGAAGGACUCGAACGACAAGGAGUACUACUACGAGGAGUUCUGCUACAAGCAGUUCAACCUCAAGCAGCACGACUCGGACGUCAAGAAGCAGAACACGGCCGUCAUCGACGGCGGCAAGGGCGGCCACUACAAGCGCGGCUUCAACGACAAGGAUGGCCUCUUCUCGCUCGACGACUUUGGCUACGGCUUUGACGGCGGCAUCGGCGGCUACGGCGGCUACGGCGGCCGCGACAACUACGGCUCGUUCGGCGGUCGCGGCGGCUUUGGCGGCAAGGGGUACGACAACGACUACGGCUACGGCAAGGGCGGCUACGGCAAGGGCGGCUACGGCGGUUAUGACGACGGCUUCCGCGGCGACGGCUACGGCGGUGGGUACGGCGACGGGUACGGCGGCGGCUUCUACAAGAGGGACGUGCAGGCGUGA